GCGCCCCUCUCCUCGUACAGCUCCGGGAUCUCCACGCCGACGAGGCCGACGCUGACGAUUUGCUCCCUGCGGGCCUCACGGUAGCGCUCGUGGCCUCGCCAGUCGUCUGUCGCCGUCGCGCACGCCCGCAUCCCCUCCGUCCCUCCUCUUACCCCGUCGCGCGCACACGAGCCGCGCCGCCUCCAAGGGGGUCGUCCGCCUGCCCGUUGGCCCUGUCGUCUACCCCGCGUUCCCGUGCGUGGAGCCGGUGCUCUCGCUUCCACACCCCUCGCUGCCCUCCUCACCCUCGCCGUCAGGUCUCAAUCCCCGGCCGAAUCAAAGGCGGCCCACUCAAGAUUUGACAAGUGGACGCAGAGAUAGCAGGGGAGCCAAUGCCUUGUUUAGUUGAUACACGAUCCAAGAUAAGCCUUGGAGUUGGAGAUGAAUUGGUUACUUCAGUGCCAGAUAAAAAGGACUCACUCUGCCAACAAGAUGAUCAGUCACAGGGUGAUGAUACGCCGACAUCUUCAGGGCCGGAUCUACCCGAGGAUAUCUGGUGCCUUGUACAUUCCCUAAUGCCAUUGUGUGAUUCUGCCCACUCUGCCUGUGUCUCUCGCACAUUUCUACGUUCUUGGAGAUGCCACCCCAAGCUUAUCUUCACUGAGGAAACACUAGGCUUGAAACGGACGGAAGCAAGGGAUUUCACUAGCAGAGUUAAUCAAAUUCUGAAAAAUCACUCAGACACCGGUGUGAAGAUACUUGAGUUUGUAUUUGAUGAUUGUAACAAUGUCAACACAUGUCAUCUAAAUAGUUGGCUCCAGAAAGCUGUCACGCCAGGGAUUGAAAAAAUCACCCUUUUUCUGCCUUGGCGAUAUAGGGAAGAGUACAACUUCCCGUGCUCAAUUUUACUUGAUGGGCGUGGAAACUCAAUUUGUUAUCUUGACCUCACCAAUUGUGCCUUCCAUCCCAUGGUUGGAUUUGAUUGCUUGAGAAGCCUGACAAAGCUGCGUCUCUAUGGAGUUUGUAUCACGGGGGAUGAGUUGGGGCAUCUUAUUUCCAAUUGUUUUGCUUUGGAGGAGUUGCAAGUCUGGUGUUGCAUGGAGCUAAUCUGCUUGACGAUACCAUUCUGGCUGCAGCGGCUUAGUUGUUUGACUGUGUCAGAGUGCAAUAUGCUGCGAGUGAUAGAGAGCACAGCUCCAAACCUCACCACUUUAGACUUCUUUGGUGAACCAGUACAACUCGUGCUUAGAGAAUCAUCAAAGGUCAAACACUUGAAGGUGGGGUAUUCAUAUAAGCCCAAUGCUGUAAGUUAUGCUAUCACUAAGCUACCUUCUAUUGCGCCACAUCUUCAGACUCUUGCUAUAUACUCGUCUUCUGAGACGGUUAAUACCCCAAUGGUAGCUGACAAAUUCCUUGACAUAAAGCACUUGAAUAUUCACCUUGGUGAGGAUGAUGAUGAUGCUGUUACCCCGACCUAUGAUUAUUUAUCCUUGGCUUCGUUUCUGGAUGCUUGUCCUGUCCUGGAGAGUUUCACCUUAAGUGUAGAUCAGAGUGAUAUGCAGCAUGAGUCGGUUUUUGGAGAUCCCUCCUUAUUUUUGAGGCAGAUUCUUCAACACGAGCAUGAGAGGCUCAAGAAGGUGCAGAUCAUUGGCUUUUGCUCUGCAAAGAGCUUGGUGGAGCUAACAUGUGAUAUUCUCAAGAAUGCAACAUCACUUGAGAGCCUCACACUGGACUGUAUAUUUGGUGCCGGUACGGGGGCGAUUAGUGAUUCUGUUAGGUGUGGUCCCUCAAAAUCCGGUAAAUGCUGGAUCAGAAGCCGAGCUGAUCUUGGAAGCACAUAAAGCAGUUGGUGCCAUCAAAAGAUACAUCCUGGAGAGAGUUCCCCCUGCAGUCAAGUUAAAUGUUGGGGGGCCCUGUAGCCGGUGCCAAGCUAUGAAUGUGAUGCUACCGUAAUUAUCCAAUGUUUAGAUUUGCAAUGUUGUAGAUGUCAUUGUCAUUGUUUAGUGUUAUAGCUAGUAUAUGCAACGCCCGAAUGUGUUGUCAGAAUUUUUCUAUGCUAUGCACCUUAUUGGCGUCUUUUAACA